UGAUUACAUGAUACCAAAGUUCAAUUCAGCGUAGUUGUUAGAGCAGGAUCAUGUCUUUGAAAACUCUUUCCAGCAGAGUUAUGUUUAAACUUUAUAAACAUGGUGUCCCCGCACUCAGACCAAGACAGGCUGCAGCAGUGCUCGGACGGAGCUCUUACAACACCCACACACCUGAGUUCCCUGGAGGGGCGGACCGCUUCAGGGUGGUGGACCUCCGCAGCGACGCGGCGACCAAGCCCGGGCCAAGGAUGAGAAGGGCCAUGGCAGAGGUCGAGUUCGGGGAUGACGCGUUAGAAGAGGACCCGACGGUGAACGAGUUGCAGAACAUCGCAGCUGACAUGUUUGGGAUGGAGGCUGCUCUGUUUGUUCCCACUGGAACCAUGAGUAACCUGAUUGCAGUAAUGGCACACUGCAGGGAGCGGGGAGACGAGAUGAUUGUGGGUAAUUUGUCCCAUUUGCACAUCUAUGAGCAAGGAGGGAGUGCCCAGCUGGCUGGUGUCCAUGCCACCACGGUGACCACCCUCCCUGAUGGAACAUUUGACUUGGAUCAGCUGGAAUUAAAUAUCCGCCACGGUUACCCAGACCCCUACUACUCUCGCUCACGCCUGAUAUGUGUGGAGAACACGCACAACAUUCAGGGAGGGCGUGUGCUGCCUUUGACCUUCCUGCAGGAGGUACGUGCUAUGGCAGAUAAAUAUGGUAUGUUUGUUCACAUGGACGGAGCCAGGGUGAUGAAUGCUGCUGUGGCCCAGGGGGUGCCUCCAUCCACCAUACUGCAGCACACACACAGUGUCAGCGUGAGCUUAUCUAAGGGUUUGGGUGCUCCUGUGGGAACUAUGCUGGCUGGACCCAAAGACUUCAUAUCCCAGGCAAUCCAAUGGCGUCAAGCAUUAGGUGGAGGGAUGCUACAGGCUGGUGUUCUUGCAGCAGCUGGAAAAGUGGCUUUACUGGAGAUGGCAGGGAGACUGGAGGAGGAUCAUCACAAUGCAAGAACUUUUGCUCAAGCUCUACUUAACUGUGACCCUCCUCUAUUCAACAUCGACCUGACCACUGUGGAGACAAACAUUGUGCGUUUCCAUCUUCAGGAGCCGAGCUUGACCCCCCCAGAGUUCUGUGCUCGCAUAGGUCAGGUUGGCGAUGGAGAGGAAGCCGUGCUGGGUCAGGGGAUAAAAGUUCUAAUGUGCCCUUAUUUGGGAAAUUCAGUGCGGGCUGUGUGGCAUCUUGGGAUUUCUCCUGAAGAUACACAGCUGGCCAUUCAGAAAAUGCAGUUUGUGGCUUCUCAGUACUUAAAGGAAAAGCUCGGGGCUCAGUGAAACCUGAUAACUUACAAGGGUUGUAGUCUGCCCACUAGGACUGAUCAAAGAAAAUGUACGGACUAAUCAAGAAAAGGCUGCAGGGUGUACAAAGUCUUUUUGUAUUGCAGUCGUCUUUAUAUAAUAAAUUGCACCCAAUCCAGUUUGUGGUAUACUUAUACAAAGAAUAUACAAUCAUUAAAUCUGUUGAACUAUUGUUUUUGUCUUGUUUCAUUCAUUUAUUUUUUGUGUGUACAUUAUUGUUGAACUAAAACCUGUUAUUAUUCGUCUUUAAAGACUUGAUACUGUGAGUGUUAUGGUCCCCCCUUCUUGCUUGAUUGGAAGUUUUGUUUAAAGCUGCUGUUGGUAGGAAUGGUGUAAAAAAUGUUACUUUCUUUCUGCUGGGUUUGGAGAAAAGGUCAUAAUGCCCAUCGGUACUCCUCGAUAAGUGAAGUUAUUUUAGACUAUUGCGAAAUCUCUGUGUUUUUCAAUGUCUUUGUAUCAAGCAAUGUUAUUAUUCCCCUCGUUCCCGUUAUGACGGACCAAUCAUAGCUAAUCUCCAAUCCUCUGUCCUGAUUGGUUAAGGGGCGGCCCCUACUAUGUCCUCCAAUUGGUAAUGAGUCUGGCACUAUCAUGACUGCACACGCCGAUCUGUGUUGGGGGGCUAAGAGGAUAUCUGGUUGGGAGGGAUAGUGUUGACAUUCGAAGUCCCUCUCUCUCAACAUAUGUUUACUCUGUGUGGUGGAAAAUUAUUGUAUAAACAGUUCCAGGUGCAAAACUCCAAGGUCGGCACAGAAGACUUUUUGCUUGAUAAGAAGUAAGAUCUCUUGUAUUCCCAUAAACUCCCUCUUUUGUUGAUGACGUAUUCUGGUGAUAAAUUAAUAAACUGUUGCUUUCUGUUUCUCUGUGUUUCUGUAAGAAACUUAUUGGAACUGUUGCACGUGCAUUUGUCCAAGGUCAUGUGCAGAAGGCUUUUGUUUUCACAGAUUCUGCACAUACCCAUCAAUGAUCUUUGUUAGACCAAAGGAUGUUACCUGUUUUGGAAGAAGCUUCCUGUCAAUGUACCACACCUAUUUCAUUCUUUUCUAUAUACUGUUUGAACUCACAUUUGUGGGGGCAGAAGACAUCUGACUUCCACUGAGUGAAGUUCACUUGUUUUCUCCCUCUUUGCAAAGAGCGCUGAUAAUAAAACUUGACAAAAGACAA